AUGGUGCAUAACCAUCCAUGCAGCAGGGUGUACAUGCAGAAUGACCCAUGGUAUAGACGACUAACAGUUGAAGAGAAAGAAAAUAUUGAACCACUUCUUCAGCAAUCCCACUCGUCCGAUGAAAUAAUAAUGCAUGUUCAGGAGAAGUACAACAAGGAUAUAACUCGCAUUGACGUUAAAAAUAUGAAAGCCGCAGUGAAUAAAGGUAUUUCGAGUCGUCGUGACAUUUUUGAAUUCCUAAAAUCCCGUGGGAAGUUAAUGGAGUAUUACUCCGAUGAACCGUUCAGGAAUUCACUAACAAGAAUUUGUUUUGCAACUUAUGAGCAAAUGGAAUUGUAUAAACAGUUCCCUGAAGUUGUUGGUAUCGACUCGACGUAUAAUACAAAUAAGGGGAAGUAUUCUUUGUUCCAAUUACUUGUGACGGAUAAUUUUGGUCGUGGACGACCAGUUUUAUUUGCGUGGACUAGAAAAGAAUUCAAACGAGAUGUAGUUUGGAUAUUAGACUGUUUCCGGCAAAUAAUGGAAGAUACCUCGAAAACAGAAUCCUUCAUUAUGGAUUGUGCGCAAGCUGAAAUAGCAGCCGUCAAGUUAACGCACAGACAAGCGCACAUUGUUUUGUGUUCUUUCCAUGUUUGCCGAGCUUUCUGUCGGAAAACAAGAAAUCCCAUUGUGAAGAAUUAUUUAUGCCGUCUAGUGCAGUGUAAAAGGAGAUCAGAAUUUAAUUUCUACUUUAGAGUUAUUAGCAGAUUGGAUGCUAAUGUCAGUCAAUAUCUACAACGUCGUUGGAUGCAUCGACGACAAUUGUGGGCAGCAUGUUUCAGAGAUAACGUGCUGACUUUUGGGAACGAUACAAAUAAUCGAGUCGAGAGUUCCCACAAGCAGAUGAAACG